GAGCUCUGGACGCCUCGUUGACUAAUCAUAUGCUGCAUGCCGAUUACUACCGUUCGAAGAAUGCCCUGCUGCCAGUAGUCCAUGGCUCUCUUACAGAACAAUGCUGACCUCAAAUUCUGGGGGCACUCUGAUAUUCCCCCAGAAGCAGCAAGUUCCUGGUGUUUUAUUCUGACCACCCAAGGGCAUUUUCGCUCCAGUCCGUGCUCGCUGUGUAGAAGAUUUCGGUUGCUUCGGUGCAAAUCUGUUGGCAGCAGCAUAACAGUCUGGUUAUUGUCUCCGGAUGUCCAGAUUCAUAUGGGCUGCAAGUUCCAGAAGGUGUUCUGUCAGCGCGGAUAUUACUAUCCGGAUAUUUGUUGUAGUCUCUGCAUCGGAUGCUGCAGAUCGUCUCUCUGUUGUGGUGGUGUGGAGGGAUUCGGUGGCGCUGGGUGCGAUUUCUGUGUAUAUCUGUUUCAUUUUCUGGCUUCGCGUACUAUCGUUGCUGUUGUUAUGAGUCUGGCGUUAGGACAUACGCGCGAAGUUGUUGAAAGAGGCGAAGAAGUUGAUUAUUGUGUCCCUGAAUGCCACGGUGUGAGACUAAGAGGGAUGAGAUAAAGCGACCAAAACUGCAGCCUCCAGACAAUCAAUAUGCAAUAAUGCAACCAACAAGCCAGCCAUCUUACACAGCGCAAUAUAGGCACGGCCUCAUUAUCCGUAUCAAGCCCCAGCUCUGAUACAAACACCCUUCCCCCAAUCCCCAAAAUCCUUCCUUUUGAAUCCAGGCAGCUGGAGAUUCGAUCUGCCCCGGUGUCUAGGACAAUUAAUCCUCCUCUUUGUACUCGACCCCAUCGACGUGGAGACCACAACCGCACAUACUCUCCCGCUCUCUUCAGCCCGCCCACACCUCUGUAUAUAGUCCUGCUCGGGAUCAAGCAGGAGACAGUCCCUGGUAUGUUUUUGGGUGCAGUGCGGAAAUCGGGUGGGCGUUGCGUGGAUCUUGUAGCACAUUCCGAAUUCAGUUUCGUUCGGCUCAG